GUCCGUACUUCCCCAUGAAGGCGAUGAUUCACUAAUGGAGGGGUUGGCUUCACCACCAGCUGCAGCGCCGCUCUCGAGCCUGCCCCAUCUCUCUUGAUGACCUAAUUGGCGAGCAGGUCAACUAUGGAACAGGUCCUACCCAUGAGAUCUGCUUUCUUUGAAAUUUAACAUUUAAAACGAGGUAAAUGUGAGGUGGCAGCGUCGUUUCUCUUCCCCUCACCACCACGCACUGCACUUCGUUUCACCGAGUCACCUUCGCGUCUACGGUUCACCUGGCACUUUUGACACGACCUCAGUGUCCCGCACGAGUUCUGCUGAGUCCCGCACGGAUCGCCAUCAGGAUCCAGUCGCACUUUAGGACGCUGAAAAAAACGAAACUUCUGCCGGUCCUUCUGGGUGUCUCAAGUUUACGUUCAAGAUGAGUAUCAAGUCUGACUCCGAGCCGAACAACAAUGUCCCAAUAGAAGAGGAGGUACGGACACUAUUUGUCAGUGGUCUGCCAACAGAUAUCAAACCUCGUGAACUUUAUCUGCUAUUUCGACCAUUUAAGGGUUAUGAGGGUUCACUUAUCAAGUUAACAUCAAAGCAGCCUGUUGGUUUUGUAACCUUUGAUAGUCGUUCCGGUGCUGAAGCGGCAAAGAAUGCAUUAAAUGGGGUUCGAUUUGACCCUGAAAACCCGCAGACCCUCCGGUUAGAGUUUGCUAAGGCCAACACGAAGAUGGCAAAGAGUAAGCUGAUGGGCACUCCGAAUCCCACAAAUAUCCACCCAGCUCUAGGAGCGCACUUCAUAGCACGGGACCCAUUCUCAGGUGAUGGUUUGCUCUGCUCAUCCCAAUCCUCAGAUGAUUUGACAGGGGCAGCACUGAUCCCAGCAUCUCCAGAGGCCUGGUCUCCUUACCCUUUCUAUACCCCAGAGCUCAGCCCCGGCCUGCCCCACACGGCUUUCACCUACCCAGCAGCGGCCGCUGCAGCAGCAGCUGCACUUCAUGCUCAGAUGCGCUGGUAUCCCUCCACAUCAGACUCAUCCCAGCCUGGAUGGAAAUCACGGCAAUUCUGUUAAAAUCUAGUUUCUCUUGAAAUGGUGUCUUCCAGCUCCUGUUUAAAAAUGGUUCAGUGCAUUUGAACUUUAGGCUUUUGGAUGUAUUAAAAUCCUUUGGAAUUAGGCCAUGAAGAGAUGAAAUUUGCUUUCAUAUUGCUCAUUGAGCCUGUAUUGAAAUUAGUUCUGUCAAACGAUUAAUCGAUUAGUUUUUGCUUGCGUAAUGCUUGUGUUCUGUGUAUAUUUAUGUAUACAUUUGAAAAUAUUGACAUGUAUUUACAUGUCUAUCUAUUCAUAAUUUAUAUUCUAAAUAUUUAAUAAAAAAAAAAUCUGAAAUGUAUGUGUAAUAUUUAUUAUCAUACAGCACACAUGCAUUAUGUGCGAUUUUAAUCAUUUGACAGCACUAAUCAUUGCCAACAGCACAAAAAUAGACCUUAGCAGUUCUUAAUGGAUUGGUCCCUUGAACUUUCUCUCCCCCCCCCUCUUUUUUUUCUUUGUAUUGAAGAAUUUAAGAUAAGAUACUAAUUUAUUUGUUCAUUGAGAUUUGCUCUGGAUCGACAUAAAAUGAGACCAUCAACUGAAGCUGACAUUGAGCAUGUUAGUUUUGACAUGAAGUGUAGCUCUGUGUGUCAUUGUAUGUUUGUUGCUUCUAUGAUCUGUGUAACCUUUUUCAGUUUGUCUUGUUUGGUAGUAUGGUCUUUUAAAGUUGCUUAUGUUAUAUACAAAACUUUGGCCAACUUAUUUUGGGUAAUGUGAUGUCCAGACAGUCAUAUGGUUCCCCCCCACUAAUGUCCACUGUAACACAUCACAGAGGGUCUGGUGACUUUACAAAAUAUGAGACCACCUCAAUCUAGAGUGUGUGACUGGGGAAACAAGAGUUUGUGCAAUUGAGAUGAAUAAUCUGUACACGUUAUUGGUAACCCUUUCUUUGUGUUGACAUUUGUUUUUGUAUCCAUGUCCUUUUAUAGCAGUUUCAGAGGUUAAGUUGUAGUGUGUUUUUUUUUUUUUUUUUUUUUUUUUUUUUUUUUAUAUAAACGUGUCAGUGUGGCACAAAACGAACAGUAUAUGCACAGCAAAUUUGCUGCUAACAUGAAAUCGCUGUUUCACGUUAAUUCUCUGAAUAUAAAGAGAUGCUACAAGUGUGCAUGGGUUUUAAUGUGGGUAUAGUAAUGGUUUAUUCAAACAUUUGAAAUGCAUUUGUAAAGUGUUUGGUGUACAAAAAUACUACUGUAUAAAAGUAUUAAAAUGGGAAUGCAUUAAAA